AUGACCACAACUGCUCCAUUUUCAUCAAAUGAAAAUGAACCAUCAUCAUCAAGUGUUUCAUUUAUUCAAUCACAAAAAGGAAAACCAAUGCUGGUAGUAAAUAACUGUAUUUUCAAAUUCAACAAAACCACAACAAGUACCAAAUACUGGAUAUGUACAUUUGAUGAAUUAGUAAAAAGUUUAUCGCCACCAAUGAAGAAACAAAUGAAUCAAUUAUUAGAAUAUUUUCAAGAACAAUGGUUUAACAAAGUUCCGACUACUCAAUGGUGUGUUCACGGCUUGUCUAUGCGAACUAACAACAAUGCAGAAGAACGUAGUGCUUCAUCAGAUGUAGGAGGUACUACUAUAUUAUACGAUGUAUUGCGUAAAGUAUCAUUGUCUGUAAGUGCUAAUUUACCUACAAAUGAAGCAUUAUUACAAACAAUUCGCCGUGAGCGACCAGCUAUUCAACUUGAUCAAAAUGGUCGUUUAUCACUUAUAUUACGACAAACUGAUCGUGGAGAAAAUUUCAUUUUCUAUGAAGAUGAGUCAAUGGUUAUAUUUACUUGUGAUAAAAAUUUAUUGGUUUUAAACCAAUGA